AUGAGUCAAAAUGGAUUGAGCGCCCUAAGCAGUAGCCAAUUAGAGGCUGGCAGUAGAGACGGCAGAUCAAGCGCCGGUGACACCAGCAGCGAAGUAAGCACAGUCGAGCUUCUGCAUCUGCAACAACAGCAGGCCUUACAAGCAGCGAGGCAAUUACUCUUGCAGCAGCCAGGCAGUGGCCUGAAAUCUCCAAAGAGCCAGGACAAGCAGCGUCCACUGCAGGUGCCAGUGUCGGUUGCCAUGAUGAGUCCCCAGGUGAUUACCCCCCAGCAGAUGCAGCAGAUCCUCCAGCAGCAGGUGCUCUCCCCUCAGCAGCUCCAGGCCUUGCUCCAGCAACAGCAGGCCGUGAUGUUACAACAGCAACACCUGCAGGAGUUCUAUAAGAAACAGCAAGAGCAGCUCCAUCUGCAGCUUCUGCAGCAGCAGCACCCUGGAAAACAAGCCAAAGAGCAACAGCAGCAGCAGCAGCAGCUGGCCGCCCAGCAGCUCGUCUUCCAGCAGCAGCUCCUGCAGAUGCAGCAGCUCCAGCAGCAGCAGCACCUGCUCAACAUGCAGCGCCAAGGCCUGCUGUCGCUGCCCGGACCUGCCCCUGGUCAGGCCGCGCUGCCAGGACAGGCCCUGCCCCCUCAAGGUGGCCUAAGUCCCGCAGAGCUGCAGCAGUUGUGGAAAGACGUGACCGGAGGUGGGGGCCACGGCAUGGAGGACAACGGCAUCAAACACAGCAACAGCACUGGGGGAGGAGGCGCGCCCGGCGGACUGGACCUCUCCACCAACAACACCAAUACAACUACCUCCUCCAACCCCGCCGCCAAAGCCUCUCCGCCCAUCCCCCACCACGCCCUCGCCAACGGCCAGUCACCUGUGCUCAACCACAGACGAGAGCGAGAACGGGAACGGGAGAGGGAGCGCGAGAGUUCGUUACAUGAAGAAAAUGGAGGAACCCACUCUCUUUAUGGCCACGGCGUGUGCAAAUGGCCUGGCUGUGAAAACAUCUGCGAGGACUUUGGGCAAUUUUUGAAACACUUAAAUAAUGAACAUGCCCUUGACGACAGGAGCACAGCCCAAUGUCGAGUCCAGAUGCAGGUCGUACAGCAGUUGGAAAUUCAACUUUCAAAGGAACGUGACCGUCUUCAGGCAAUGAUGGCCCACUUGCACAUGCGGCCCUCGGAACCAAAGUCCUCUCCCAAACCACUAAACUUGGUGUCCAGUGUCACCAUGUCAAAGAACCUGCCCUCGGCGUCACCCCCUAACUUACCUCAGACGCCCACCACGCCCACAGCACCCAUCACGCCCAUGGCAGCCAUGCCACAGGUGCCCUCGGUGCUGGGAGGGGCCAACGUGCCCAGUAUGGGAGCUAUGCGCCGCCGCCACGCAGACAAAUACUCCAUGUCUCUGUCGUCAGGUGGUGACACAGUAUUUAUUUUUCCAGAGAUUGCCCCAAACUACGAGUUUUAUAAGAACGCAGAUGUCAGACCGCCAUUUACUUAUGCAACCCUCAUAAGACAGGCUAUCAUGGACUCUGCCGACAUGCAGCUAACGCUUAAUGAAAUCUACAGCUGGUUCACGCGCACGUUCGCUUACUUCAGACGCAAUGCUGCGACCUGGAAGAACGCUGUUCGCCACAACCUGAGUCUGCACAAGUGCUUUGUGCGUGUGGAGAACGUGAAGGGCGCCGUGUGGACUGUGGACGAGAUGGAGUAUCAGAAACGCAGGUCACAGAAGAUCACAGGGAGCCCCUCACUUGUCAAGAACCUGCCCUCCAGUCUCGGCUAUGGAACUGCACUAAACGCCAGCUUACAGGCGGCGCUGGCAGAGACCACCCUCCCAUUGCUUGGUAACCCUGCUCUGAUGAACAGCUCCACGGGGCCCAUGGGCUGUCACGGGCUUCUGGGGGGAGACCCGUCUGUCCUAGCCGGUAGCCCCCCUGGCCUCCUCGGGGGCAGUCCUCCCGGUAUGUUAGGAGGGAGCCCGCCUGGUACUCUGAGAGGAAGCCCCCCCUCCUUGCUGCAGGCCGCCCACGACGAGUACAACGGGACACUGGACCAUCUCGACACGAAUGGACACUCCAGCCCUGGCUACUCCCCAUCUGUACACAUGCCUCCGAUCCACGUGAAAGAGGAGCCCCUCAACAUGGACGAUGAAGACUGUCCGAUGUCACUGGUGACGACAGCCAAUCACAGUCCAGAGCUAGACGAGGAGCGCGACCUGGAGGAGGGGAACUUAUCGGAGGAGGGCAGGACCUGGAGUGACUAG